AUGCCGCGGCUCAUAGCGCUAGGCAACAACAUCUGCCACGCCCUCGACGCGCGUACUGGCGCCAAGCCAACGCUGGGCACGCCAACGGAUAUCGGGCGCGCCGACAACAUCCUGCACCACGACUGGACGUGCACUGUUGCGUCGAGACCGAGCUUGUCGUCCACGCCGCCGACAAUAACAGCGUGGGGCGACGACCCGCUCGUUGGCACGCUCAAGGCAUUCGACAGGCCAAUAUCGCGCGUGAUCAAGACGCACGACCGGCCCGUAGCAGUGCUCUCACAGCGGAGAAUACACCUCCCCCCGGACUUCGCAGCCUCGGGGGUGGAAUGGGACGACGUCGUGGCGACGGAUCUUGGCCCGGCGGUGGCAUUCCGGCGCGGCGACGGCGUACACCGCUUCCCCUCCCUCCCCGACCUGUACACCGGCACGAACGGCGUGCGGCUGUCCCAUCCCUUCCUGCACGACGAAGUGACCCUCGCAGCGAGCGAGGCGCGUGUGCUCCUCCUCUCUGGCGCACACGUCCUCGAGCUCGUCUUCGACGCGCGCGGCGGCUCUGGCUCCGGCGCGGAGCCGCGCCUCGUCGUCCUCGACGCGUUCGAGGGACUCGGCGUGGAGCGCGUGUCUGGCGCCCCUGGGAAUCGGUUCGCGGCGAUCAGCGCCGCGGGGGAGGGGUUCGUGCUGGACGCUCUUGGUGGGGUCGAGGUUGUGCGUGUGCGUGGGGGUGGGGUUGGGGACGAGGAGGAGGCGGGGGAUGACGACGGCGACGGUGACGACGAGGUAGCCGACCUCGCCCUCGGGGGGGGGUUCGAGCUCGUCCUCGUCGACGCCGGCGCCGUGUGGGCCCGCGGGGAUAGUAAGUCCUGUUUGCUGGUCGAGUCGCUCACGCCAGACGCGUUUGGGCAGCUCGGGCUCGAGGGGCCCAGAGCCGACGCGUGGACCAGAGUGCCUGUCGACGGCAGGGUACUCGCGCUGCAUGCCGGGCGCAUGUCGUCGCUGCUCGUCGUCGCCGACAGCGACAACGACUAG